AUGUUUGACCAUUAUAAUAAGGUUUUAAUAAUAAUAAUUAAUAAACAUUUUGUCGUUAGGUUCCAGUCAAACUCUGCGUCCCCCCCACACCGGGUCUCUCUCUCUCGUUCUCCUAAACUGGUCCUGCUGGGUGUCACUGGGAGGAGACUACAUAAAUGGAUAAACGGAGCGUCCUGUCCGGGGGCCGGGCGCCCUCUCUUUCCCCCCCCCGUCACUUCAGUGGGCAUGCGCAGUGUCGGUCCGGGCCAGCAGCAGCAGCAGCAGCAGCGACGCAUCCCCGCCGCACGUCCUUACGCACAGACGGACGGAGGCAGCAGAGCCCCGGUCGGUGGGUCGGUGGGUCGGUCGAGGAUGAUGAAGCUCACACCGGUUCCGGAGGGCUCUCUCUCGGGGUUUCUUCAUCAGGUUCCGAUGGUUCGGUCGCCGGUGCUGAUGUAA